AUGGCUUCAGCUCAGGCCCUAAAGGAUUUGGAAGCGGGAAAGCGCAAGUUGGAGGAGUUCCGUAAGAAAAAAGCAGCAGAGCGAGCUAAGAAGGCUUCAUCCACUAGCCAAGCCAAUGCCCCUGAAGAACAAGCUCCCCUGAAUAAUUCCCACAGUAGUCCUUCAACAUAUUAUUUUAAUGAUCAAGUGCAUAAACAUGCAAGUGAUCAAGAAUAUAAGAGCUAUGGCGGUUUUGGGUUUGCUGGAUCACCAGACGUUAAUCAUAGCAAUGGGACAAAAGGGAUGAAUAAUGAUUUUGAAAAAUAUACUGGUAACUCGGGUGAGACCACAUCUGAUCAGUCUAUUGCUCUACGACCACAGGCAAGUCAAGAUUUUGAUACCAAUACAAGCGCAUUGCUUCAAAGUGAGGCCAGUAAUGUCAGCACAGUGUCUGGUGGCCCUACUCCAUCUUCACUUUAUGAAGGCUUGGCUGAGCCCAGUACCAGCUUAAGAGGGUUUCCUGAUGAAGUUGGGAAAAACAUGCAUGGUAGUAGUGUGGACUUAAGUGAUCCUAUAACUUUCAGAUUUGGAGAAGGAAAGCUUACUAGCUCUGCUAGUGGGUUUCAUAAUUUGCAGAGUACAGCAGUGCAGACAUCUGAAUCCAUGGGUUUUGGAUCUGAUGCCAGAAGUUCAUCACUAUAUUCAGUUACACCUGAAAUAUGGAUCUAA